ACUUUUUUCCUAGUCGGAAGUAUUGUUUACUUGACACUUCAUAAAAUAACACUCUAGAUUCACCAUGGCUUCAGGUUUUAUAAUAUUAUUAUUAACAACUGUUGCCAUUCUUCCAGAGGUGAAGAGCAUAGAAAAAGUGACUGACCCGAGGGAGUUUCCUUUCAUUGCAAUUAUUAAUGGCCAUCCUAAUCCCGUAACCUUUGGGGUCCUGGUCACUUCUACAAAAGUUGUAGUAUCUUCCGUACAUUUGCCCGAGCGACCUAUGAGUGUAACGAUCCAAGUGGGAUGCGUAUUUCUAAGAAAUUGCACUACUCCAGAAUUAUCGGUUCGCCUGUUUGGUGAAGACAUGGUACACGGGAUAAUCGUAUUAACGCUUUUCAACGAUACCAUGACUAUCCACGGUCGGCCAAUACCAAUAGGUCUUCCAAAAAUUUAUACUAACUAUCCGUGUCGAUUCGUAGCAUCGGAUUGGACUGAUGGCAAGAUAUACUCUAUAGAGGUGCGAACUACCAGUCGAUCCAAAUGUCUGCAAAUGGGAGUGAAUGUCCCUCCGGGCUACAUAUGUAUUGUAAAUCCAAUGUUUUCUGGCAGGUUCGACAAGGCAGGCGGUAGCUCGGCACUGUUUUGUAACGGACGGCUGGUUGGACUAAGUAAUAGAGAAUCAAACGUAAAUUAUUAUGUAAACUUCAUGUAUGAUGUAACUUAUCCCGGUCUGCUGUAA